AGUCUUAAAAUUCUUCUUAAUCCAUCGAGAAUUUUAAGUUCAUUUUUGAUAUUUUCUGAUCACAUCGGACACUGAAAUUUUCAAUAGAUUAUAAAACUUCUUUAUCGUGGAUUUUAUACUAGACAAAAAUUGUCUUCAACUUUUUUUUUUUGUUAAAAUCGUGACAACUAUUUUUCAAAAUAAUAAUCAAGAAACUUUUUUCAAAAAAAUUUCAUCAGAUUACAUUUAUGCGUUACGUCAGGAAAACCAGCAAAAUUAUUCAAUUACAAUUUCGUACGUUUUUAUUAACUUUGAUCCACGGCGUGGUUUUGGUUAAUUUGUUUUGACUUUUUUUUAUUAAAAAGUGCAUUUGAAUCAAUAAUUAUAAAAAGAAGUCUAUCUUUGCGAAUUUCGAAGAUGCGAUUGCGACUUUAUAUUUUGUUCCUGUCUCUUUCUGCUUCGUCGGCUGAGCAACGAGUUAAAAAAAUGGAGGAGGAGGAAUGUCUCAAGGAACAUCCAAGCUUAUUGAAUUACUUUUCAUGGGAAGAUUAUACAGUACUAUUAGCUAUGUUAAUCAUAUCCUGUCUAAUUGGAACAUUUUAUGGAUUCUUCUCAAAGAAACAAGAAACAAGUGACGAUUUUCUUUUAGGAGGUUCCAGUAUGGGAACCUUUCCAAUGGCAAUGUCACUGGCUGCUAGUUUUAUCACUGCCAUCGAAUUGCUCGGCAAUCCUGCCGAAAUGUAUACACACGGCACUCAGUUUUGGAUGACCUGCUUCGCAUUCAUUCUAGUAGUUCCUAUAACAUCUCAGUUGUAUUUACCAGUUUACAUGAAACUCAGAUUGACUUCCAGUUACGAAUACUUAAAUUUGCGUUUUAAUCGUCACUGCAGACUUUUAGCGAGUAUUCUUUAUAUGUUCCAAAUGAUUUUGUACACUUCCGUGGCUGUUUACGCUCCAGCGUUAGCUUUAAGUCAUGUUACAGCUUUAAAUACUUAUAUUGCUGUUACUCUAGUCUAUUUAGUGUGCAUUUUUUACGCAUCACAGGGUGGUAUGAAGGCUGUUAUAAUGACAGAUACAUUUCAAGCUGCAGUUCUAUUGGGUUCCUUACUUUUAAUCGCUGGCUAUGGUGUAUCCUGGGCUGGUGGAUUUUCUUCUAUGUGGAAAGAUAACUUGCAAUCCGGAAGGAUCGAGCUUUUUAAUAUGGACCUAUCACCUACUACCAGACACAGUUUCUGGAGUGUUGUAGUAGGUGGAACUUUUUAUUGGGCUACAAUGUUUUGCAGUAAUCAAGCCUCCAUUCAAAAGUAUCUCAGUGUCGAAAGUAUCAAUCAAGUAAGAAAAGCUUUGUGGGUUUCUUCCUUGGGACUAAUAUUAAUUUACACAAUAAAUUUUCUUACUGGAAUGGUUUUGUACAGUGUUUACAAAAAUUGUGAUCCUCUGCAAGCGGGACAAAUUACAGGUCAGGAUCAAUUACUGCCGCUAUACGUGAUGAAUUUCAUGGGAAAUUUGAAAGGAGUACCUGGAUUUUUUGUUGCUGGUAUAUUUGCUGCGUCACUCGGAACGGUAGCUAGUGCUCUAAAUUCACUAUCGGCCAUUACUUUUGAAGAUAUUUUUCAAGGAUUAUUUAAUUUCACAUUACCUGCGAGUAAAGGGGCACUUUAUGCUAGAUGGAUUAGCAUAUUCUUUGGAGCUUUAAGCUUUGCUUUAGUUUUUGUUGUUGAACGACUCGGCGGCGUACUUGAGGUUGCUCUAUCGUUUAAUGGGAUGGUUGGUGGUGUAACACUGGGGCUGUUCUCUUUGGGGAUGUUUAUUCCUUGGGCUAAUGCUAAAGGAGCUAUGGUUGGAGCAAUUACAAGUAUAGCAUUAAUUGGAUGGAUCGGAUUGGGUGCACAAGUUGCAACAAUCAAAGGACAUGUUUAUUUAGAAGGAAAACCUAUAUCAACUGAUGAAUGCCCUUGUCUUAAUGAAACAACUUCGGAAUUGUUAACAUCUGAGAAUUCUGUGUCAGAAGUUUGGACCUUAUACAAAAUAAGUUAUCUAUGGUAUAGUGCAAUUGGUUGUCUCGUGACAGUUUUUGUUGGAAUCCUUGUAAGUUAUGCAACUGGUUUUCAAGAUCCGGCUGAUUUAAAUUAUGAUCUACUCAGUCCUCCAGUAAAGCACCUUUUAGGACCUCCUACUAAGCCCAGAAAACUCAGCAAAGUUCAGGGAAUUACAAAUAUUGGUCUAGAAAUAAAUGACGAGAAAAUACAGAUAGAGAAUGAGAAAGGAACGAGGAUGUGAUAAAAUUUAAAUUAGUUUCCAUAAUAUAUGUAAAUAAAUUUCAUAAUAUACACUCGAAUCUCCACAUAACGAGAAAUUCGGGAAUCUAAAAAUUCCCUAUUACGACAGCAAAAAGAGAAUCCCCACAAUCCCUACUUUCUGCUCCUUCAUAGUAACUUUAAAUAUGAAUGCAAUGAUUUUACGAAGAACAAUAUUACUUUCAGUAUACAAUAAAUUUAUCAAUAUAUUUAUGAAAGGUAAGAUUAAGUUCAAAAUUCUUGUAGUUUGUAAAAAUCGAACUAAAAUUUGUCAUACAUAUACCAACAUAGCACGACUUCUUGCUGUGAGGUUACUGUAAAGAUAUCUGUAGGGUUUGUAAGGUUACCGUGUGAGCCUGCAGUAAAUUUGAGGUCAUCUUAAAACUUCCGCCAUUAUAGUAAGCUUACACAGUACAGCUAAGGUAGGCUUACACUGUAAAGUCGUGGUAAGUUUACAUGGUAAGGUUGUGGUAAGCUUACACGGUAAAGUUUGCUGUAAGGUUAUUGUAAACAGAGUAAUAAGAAAAUAUAUUAAAAAUAAUUAUAUUAUAAUAUAUAUUAUAUUAUAAAUUUUUUUUUAUAAAAAUUUAUAUAUUUGGUAAAGUACUUUAUGAACACCAAUAGGGUUUGUUAAAUUAAAUUUACUGCGCAGCCGUAUGUGCCAUAGAAAACUACUGCGCAUAAAUAUUAAUAAAAUUUAUUAAUAACAUUCUAUGUUUACAGUAACCUUACGGGAAGCUUACAACAAUCUUAGUGUGUAAGUUUACCUCAAUCUUACCAUGUAAACCCACCAUGACCUUACUGCGUAAGCUUACCGUAGGUUUACUGUGUAAGCUUACUGUAAUGGUGGAAAUUUUAAGAUGACCUCAAGUUUACUGUAGGCUUUCACGGUAACCUCACAAACCCUGCAGAUAUCCUUACAGUAACCUCACAGUAAGAAGUUGUGCUAUGUGGGUACAUAUAAACUGUCACAAUUGUAAACAUAACCCAUUUUGCAUACAUGUCGUGUCUCCGUAUCGUGCAGUUUUCUGAAAUUUCCCUCUCUCCAUAUGCAUAUAUAUGAGGCAUGUCAUAUGAGAAUAUGGGUUCAUGUCUCGGAUUUUUCUCAAAUUUUGGUAAAUUGUAGUGAUAGUGGUGCUGAAUAAGUGUAUAAAUUUUGAAUUUGAAAUUUUUAAUAUUUUUGGCAAUAUUUACAAUAACAAAUUUGAGCAAUAUUUUUUUUAUUUACUUAUAACUUUUUUCCUGCUAAAAAUAGAGAAAAAUGUUGUAAAUGUUUUUUUACGCAAAAGACCUUAAACUUUCAGAAAAAAAUUAUUUUUUUUAUUUUAUUUGUUCGUAAAAAAUUUCAUUUUUUAUUAACUUUUGUUAGUUAAUUAAUGAAUAUCUCGAAAACAAAAAAUAAUGCCAUCUCAAAAAUUUAACCAUCGAUUUAUUAUGACUUAAACAAUAUUCAUGAUUUUUUUCGCGCUUCUAAAUGAGGGAGAACAUGUUUAAAAGUUAUAAACAAAUUUUAUUUUCUAAACAAAUUGUUUUAAAAUUAAUAUUUAAAAAAAAUUAUUUCUGAAAGUUUAAGAUCUUCUGUGUAAAAAACAUUUACAACAUUUUUCUCUAUUGUUAGUAGGAAAAAAGUUAUAAGUAAAUUAAAAAAAUAUUGCUCAAAUUUGUUAUUGCAAAUAUCUUGAAAAAUAUUAAAAAUUCAAAAUUUGUACACUUAUUUAGCACCACUAUUACUACAAUUUACCGAAUUUUGAGAAUAAUCCGAGACAUGACUCCGUAUUCUUAUAUGAAAUGCCUCAUAUAUAUAUAUAUAUAUAUAUAUAUAUAUAUAUAUAUAUAUAUAUAUAUAUAUAUAUAUAUAUAUAUAUAUAUAUAUAUAUAUAUAUGCAUAUGAAACAAUCUAUAAUUUCUUUUAAUUGGAUAAUUUGAAACAUUAAAUUACUUAUUAAACUAUUAAGAAACAUAUCAAAAUGUGAAUCUUUCUUACGUAUCUAUAAAAGAAAAUUUUGUAGUUUCGUCAACACAUUGGAUUUGUAAACAGCGGGGAUGCAGAAGAGGAUAAUUUGCUUGUUGAACAUAGAGUAUGAGCGCUCGUUGUAUAGAAAGUCGUAAUAGGGAGAUUUGAGUGUAUAUAUAUAUAUAUAAGAAGUAAUAAUCUCAUGCCUCAACAUAUGCACGAUUAAUUAUCAGUAUUUCUACUUACUAAAAAAGUUAAUCAAAUUAUUUGUCAAUUGGAGUCACACUUUUUAUAUAAAUCCUUAUUAACAAAGAAGCGUAAAUACGUCCACAAAUAUGAUCGUUAUAACAACUCUUAAUAUGGUCGCACAUUUUAUACCUAAAGUACACCCGCAUUUAUGGUCAGAUAAUGGAACAACAUUAAGUAGAGUAUAUAUAUAUAUAAUAUAGGAACCCUAUGUAGGGUCGUAAGUAUAAUUGUUUCUGCAGUCAUAUUUAAGGGUUGACACGGGUCAAAAGGGCCAAAAAUGUAUGUCUUUUUAUAAUUUUUUUUUCAUAUAAUAAAUAAAUUAUUUUUUUGAA